AUGCUCUCCAAACCCCUUCUCUCAACCCUCUCGGCCCUCCUCCUCCCAAUCCUCACCCACGCUGACGAGCCCCAAAACUACGACGGCUCAACGUCCCUCUCGACCCCAGCCUACCUCUUCCCCGGCACCGGCUCCACAAUUCCGAUCCUCAACAUCGGCGCCGCGGCCGUCGCCUCGUGUGACAUCGGCAAGAAAUCCUGCGACAACGGCUGCAUCCCCAUCACCGGAACAUGCUGUGGCACGGGUUCGGGCGGGUACUGCGAGACGUACUACUGCCCGACUGGGGAGACGUGUGCGGGCGACAAGAAGUGUAAUAAGGGAGGCGGCGGUGGCGGAGGAGGCACUUCGUGUGGAGCUGGGGAGACGCUCUGUGGCACUGGGUGUAUGCCUACGGGACAGACUUGCUGUCAGACCUAUUACUGCCCCGCAGGGAACACUUGCGUGGGCGAUAAACGUUGUAAUAGCGGAGGAGGAGGAGGAGGUGGUGGUGGUGGUGGUGGAAGCCAGUGUGCGGCUGGUCAGACUCCUUGCGGAUCGGGAUGUAUGCCAGCCGGUCAAGUCUGUUGCGAUACAUACUUCUGCGACGCCGGCGAGAAGUGUCUGGGGAACAAGAAGUGCGACAAGGGCGGCGGAUCUGGCGGCGGAAGUCAGUGUUCGGCGGGCGAAACUCCUUGCGGUACGGGAUGUAUGCCGGCUGGUCAAGUCUGCUGCAAUACCUACUACUGCGACGCCGGAGAGACGUGUGCUGGAAAUAAGAAGUGCAAUAAGGGUAGCAGCGGCGGCGGCGGAGGAGGAGGAGGAGGAAGUCAGUGUGCGGCCGGCCAGACACCCUGCGGCACCGGAUGUAUGCCAGCCGGUCAAGUCUGCUGCGAAACAUACUUCUGCAAUGCAGGCCUCACUUGUGUCGGGGACAAGAAGUGUCGGAACCCGAACGGUGGAGGCGGCGGCGGCGGAGGUGGUGGUGAUGAUACAAGCGCGACAUCUAGUCUACUCGCGACGAUACCUGGGGGUGAAGCGGGGACUACGUCUCUGAGAGACUUCCCACAGCCCACGCAAACACUUGGUGGCGGCGAUGAUGGGCCGACAUCAUCGUCGUCGAGAUCUUCGACGUCAACAACAAGGACAACGACGACUAGCGCAGCGCCGACGUCAACAUCGGCCCAAGGUGCCGCGUUUUUGGGAAAGAAUCUCGACGGCUCCGUCUUGGUCGCAGGCCUCCUCGUUGCAGCGCCCCUGGUUAUCUGA